AUGGGAAAGCUCUGUGUCCAAAUAACCGCGGCCAUCUCGGCCUCAAUGGUCCUCUUCAGUAUCAUCUCCGCCAUCUACAUCUUCAACGACAUCAACUCGUUGUAUGAUGAGAUCAUGGACGACAUGGUCGAGUUCAAAACUCACGCUGAUGGCGCCUGGAGCAAGAUGAUCAUGGCCAGAAGACAGUUCCAACCAACAUUCCAACAACUCGUCGGUCGUGCCAAACGUCAAUACGACGCCGCUUCUACUGGUGGCGGAGCCAGCCAAGGAGGAUCGGGCGGAUGCGGUGCCUGCGCUCGCAGCGUCAACAACUGCCCUCCAGGCCCACCCGGACCACCAGGACAGCCCGGCCAACCAGGAACUGACGGAGCCCCAGGAGACGCCGGAAAGUCCGGAUUGGCUGGAGCCGCUCAAAUCGGUGACUUUGGAGGAAAGGGUGGCUGCUUCCCAUGCCCCGCCGGACCAGCUGGCCCACCCGGCCCAGACGGACCACCAGGAGAAGCCGGACCAAGCGGACAACCAGGACAACCCGGAAACGACGGACAGCCCGGAAACCCAGGAACUGAAGGCCCAGCCGGAGACGCGGGAUCCGAUGGACAGCCAGGCGCUCCAGGACAACCAGGAGAGAAGGGUCAAGACGGUCAACGCUCUACCCCCAUCCCAGGCCCAGCCGGACCUCAAGGACCAGCCGGCCCACCAGGUCAGCCAGGAGAGAACGGAGGUGCUGGACCAGCCCCACAACCCGGCCCACCAGGACCAGCCGGAGCUCCAGGACAGCCCGGUCAACCAGGAAGCGAUGGACAACCAGGUGCUCCAGGAGGACCUGGUGUCCCAGGAGGCGACGCCGCUUACUGUCCUUGCCCUCCUCGCGGUGGUGCUCCACCAUCUGCUGCAAUUUCCGGAGGCCAAUCCGGAGCUUACCAAGGAGGAAGUGCCCCAGGAACCGUUCCACCCCCAGCUGCUCCUGUUGAGGUACCAGCUGCACCAGUUACACCAGCUCCCGCUGCUGCUAGCCAAUACCGUCGCCGUGCUGCCAAGCGCGCUCGUGCUAUGCGUCAACGUGCUCGUCAAGUUGCCUAA